AGUGGACGUCGCCGCGCCGCCGCCGCGUGACGUACUUCCUGUUUGUUGUUGGAGAAAGGAGAGAAAGGAAAGCGCGAGGCGCCGCCGCCGCCACCAGCACAGCCGAGCCAGAGCCGAGAGGAGCCCCGGGCCGCCGCCCCCUCCCUGCUUCCCGCCGCCGGCCGCCCGUGUCCGCGGACCUGUUCCCACAAGCAGUUAAAACAUGGUGGAUUAUUAUGAAGUUCUAGGCGUGCAGAGACAUGCCUCAGCCGAGGAUAUUAAAAAGGCGUAUCGAAAACUGGCACUGAAGUGGCACCCGGAUAAAAAUCCUGAGAAUAAGGAAGAAGCAGAGAGAAAAUUCAAACAAGUAGCCGAGGCGUACGAGGUGUUAUCAGACGCAAAAAAACGGGACAUCUAUGACAAGUACGGCAAAGAAGGAUUAAAUGGUGGUGGAGGAGGUGGAAGUCAUUUUGACAAUCCAUUUGGGUUUGGCUUCACAUUCCGUAACCCAGAUGACGUCUUCAGGGAAUUUUUUGGUGGAAGGGACCCAUUUUCAUUCGACUUCUUCGAAGACCCGUUUGAGGACUUUUUCGGGAAUCGGAGGGGUCCCCGAGGAAGCAGAAACCGAGGAACAGGGUCAUUUUUCUCUACCUUCGCUGGAUUUCCGUCUUUUGGAGGUGGAUUUUCUUCGUUUGAUACAGGAUUUACUUCAUUUGGGUCACUAGGUCAUGGGGGCCUUACUUCAUUCUCUUCCACGUCAUUUGGUGGUGGUGGUGGGAUGGGCAACUUCAAAUCCGUGUCGACUUCCACCAAGAUAGUCAAUGGCAGAAAGAUCACCACAAAGAGAAUUGUCGAGAACGGUCAAGAAAGAGUAGAAAUUGAAGAAGACGGCCAGCUAAAGUCCUUAACAAUAAAUGGUGUGGCGGACGAAGACGCCCUGGCGCAGGAGUGCAUGCGGAGAGGCCAGAGCGCCCUGCCGGCCCGGCCCGCCAGCGCCCGCUCGCCGAAGCCACCGCGGCCGGCCUCGGUGCUCAGACACGUGCCCCACCAGGCCUGCGAGGAGGAGGGUGAACAGGAGCGCCCCAGGGUCCCCGGGCCCUGGGAGCCCACCACGUCCUCGGCAGGGUUCAAGGAAGGUGGCAAGAGGAAGAAGCAGAAGCAGAAAGAGGAGUCGAAGAAGAAGAAGCCGACCAAGGGCACCCACUAGACGGACUGGCCGGCACGCGACGCUGGCGGGCGUCGGCGCACAGCCUUGCUCGGUGUGCGGCUGUGCACACGCCAUAGGUAGCAGCAUCUCGAUCGGCACUUGUCCCGAGGCCACACUCACUGUAAUCAGGAUUAAUAGCAGGAAUACGGACGUGUGAUCAUGCAUCGGUCAGGCAGGGGCGCCGGGAGCCAGGAGCCGGUGAACGGGUGGCGGCGGCGGAAGCUUGGGACGCGGCCUCGAGUUUCUCACUCUGCUUCGCUCGCGCCGAACCCGCCCGCGUCUCCCUGCCGAGCUGCCGCGGGCCCCUCUGGUCUGCUCCCCGGCCCUGUGCGGAGCCAGCCGUAGCUGUCGAGGGUCAACAAGGGCCAGGUGGUCACUGAGCGCGUGUUCGUGACACGGCUUUCUUUCCCACGGCGGGUAGCGUUUGAGCGUAGCUAGGGGCAGCGUGACUGAGCGGUGAGGUCCUCGCACGGUGAGCUGUGGCUGUCACGGUCCUUCCAGCCACCGCAUGGUAGGCUGUCGGGAAUCGCUUCAGACAUAAAAUCACUGCUUAUAUUUAUUAUUUCAAUUUUAAUCCUGUCCAGACAAUCUGAACUUAACUUUGGAUAUUGUUUAGUUUUUGCUAAAUUUCAUCCUUUUUUCUUGGAUCCAUAAUUGUUCUUUUUAGCAGAAAUUCUGCUCAGCACCACCCUCUAUAGCUUCUGCAGGUUGGGGUCACGCUGGGCUGUUUAUACGACACACGGAAAUAAUCAGAUAUCGAGUGAGAAAGCUGAACUAAAUAUUUCAGUUUGCAAACAUUGGCUCCUUACAAAUAAUUACUCUAUUCCAGCUAGAUUCUGCCCGCUUCCCGUGAUUAUUUCAUUUGCAUGACACACGCUUCUUAACCCACCGCUGCCGAGCGCUGGGCGGAACCCGGCGUCGCCUCAGCCUCUUCCCGGCACGCUCCCUCGGUGACCGUUUCCUUCCUUUUUAACACGAGGAUCUGUUGUUCACACUGCUUUUUCCUUCGCCCUCUCGGAAGGGAGGGCUUCGUAAAAAGCUUGGAUGUGACUUACAGAUGCCAGCGAUUUCAAUCUAGCGCUGUUCAACCUGGGAAUUGUCGGCCCGGCCCACGCAGCAGCGCCACAGGCCUGAGCUGGAAACCAGCGCAGUCUGCGGUUCCGAAACACCUCACAGCGGAGUUCGCACCGUGUGUGUCUGGUUUGGUGGGAGGUGGUCAGGUGGCUGGGCAGGGGUGGACUGGUACUUCACGCUUUUUGUGGGAAAUGUAACCCUGAAUGCAUACUGUGUUUUCAGUGCUACCUACGUAAAUAAAGUGUUCCUGAGUACAGCUCACUUGCCAUCAUUGUAACUGUCAGGGAG